GGUGUCCUCAUAACUCUGUUUUACGAUGCACUUGAGGAUUUACGAUCACUCUCAGAUCACUCAGAUCUACGACGAUUUUCAAGUUAUGAUGAAGUUACGAUGCUUUUGGGAAACACGCGUCUAAGAUGAUGUGUAAAGAGUGUUCCAAAUGUACACAGCGAAUGUGUAAGAACAAAUGUAAAGAUGUAAUUUGUCAUAUUAGUGUGUAAAGUGAAUGAGGUGCAUUAGCUGUAUAUACGUUCAUCAGAGCGUCAGUGAUGACGUCAUGAGGGUGGAGAGUCAAACAGAGUGAAGAGUGAAGAAGACACACUGAGUGAAAUCUUCACCUGUAAUCCCCGAGGUGAGUUCGGCUCAUAAUUCUCUUGCGGUGCGUGUUGACUAUCUCUUCUAUUCUCUCUGGGUCUGCUUCUUCACCUUUACACGGUGACAUGGACAAACUCAUUCAUCUGAUUUUACUUUCUUGUCUUGUUUGUAUUCCAGCUAGUUCAGGAGAGAAUUUGGCAUUGAAAGGAACAGUUACACAGUCAUCCACAUAUCUCACCCAUGGAGCUCAAUAUGCCAUAGAUGGUGAAAGAUACAGAGAUGAAUUCUGCUCUACUACAGCCAAAGAAAAUAACCCAUGGUGGAUGUUGGAUCUCUUGAAUGUUUAUAAUAUUAGUCGAGUGAUCAUCACGGCUCAUGGCAGCUCUUUGGAAGAAACCAGUGGAGCAGCAGAGAUUCGGAUUGGAAACUCACUGAUCAAAAAUCCCACAUGUGCUGUGAUCGCCGAUCCUCUACCUGGUAAUACUGUCAGUUACUCAUGUCAUGGGAUGGAGGGACGUUAUGUGAAUGUGCUCAGAUCUGGACCACCAUCUCAUCUCAGUCUGUGUGAGGUGGAGGUCUAUGAAACAGACAAUUUAGCAUCCAAAGGAACAGUUACACAGUCAUCUACAUAUCUCACCCGUGUAGCUCAACAUGCUGUAGAUGGUGUAAGAGACGGCCAAGACAUUGGUACAUACUGCUCUUCCACAUCACUUGAGAGUGUCCCAUGGUGGAGGUUGGAUCUCUUGGAUGUUUAUGAGAUCAAUACAGUGAUCAUCAGUGCUAGACCAGACUGCUGUGUGGUUCAAACCAAUGGAGCAGAGAUUCUGAUUGGAAACUCUCUGGAAAACAAUGGAAACAACAACCCCAUAUGUGCCGUAACUUCCGGUCUUCUACUCGGUCACACCAUCAGUUACUCAUGUGGUGUAAUGGAGGGACGUUAUGUGAAUUUGUUCAUACCUGGAAGUAUAGUUCUCUCUCUGUGUGAGGUAGAGGUCUAUGGAAAAUUUUUAGGUCAAAGAACAAAAACCUUUCUGAGGCUGAAAUUUUCCUCCAGUGGUGAUGUAGCUGCCGAGAGCGACGACAUCCUCCAUCAGCUGCAGUCUGCUCUGGCAUCACACAUCUCUGUUUUGAAAGUGUCCUGGACACAACACCCCAAGAAAGAGGAAGAGAAAGAGGAGGAAGACACACGUAAGUAUCCUACAGUCAUGUGUUGUCAGGACAGGCCCCGCCCACAUCUGGACUCCAACAACAUGACCUUAUCAUAUUAUAUCAAUAUAAAAAUUCCUCAAUGGAGAGUAAACGUCAAAAUAAUCACAUGUGAAACAACCGAAUACAUGUAUAAAACAUCUUACCUUUAG